UUGAAACCAACCCUAAGCUCCUUUUAUCUCCACUCUAAAAGUAGCCUCGAUUAUUGCUGACUUAAGCAUUGGAGUGUCUACCCCGAGGACCCACCUCGGGGCUUUGCAGGUCAAUUCGGAGUGCAGAUACAGACUAAAGAAGGACUCCUAGUUUGGUGCAAUUACAUUUGGAGCCGUCUGUGGGAAUCCGAACUGAAAGCUUUCUUGUUGCUCUUUCAUCAUGGUUAACGCUCGAUCAAUCAGAGCUGGCAAUUUAUCUCUACCUCUUGGGCAAGGUCAACUCCCCAGCAACCUCCCACCUCAGCUCCCACCUCCGCUCCCACCUCAGCUUCCACCUCAAGUCCCAACUAUGUUCCCUCUUGUUGAUCAUGCAGAAGGAGGAGAUGAAAACCAACCUCAUACCUCAGCUCACAACUCAACUUCUACCGCCAACCAAGACGUAGUUGCAGCUCAGCUUGCUGCCAUGCAACAGCAGUUUGGUGUCUUUCAGGUAGUAUUGGCUCAGCUCUUAGCUCGAAACAAUCCUGGUGAUCUCCUCAUCCAUUUACUCAACCCUGCCCCACAACCCCCAACUCCACAACAGAAUCCUGAACCAGUUCAGCAUGCUCCUGCUCUUAGUGAAUCUCAGGGCCAGUCUCACAUAGCACCAGCUCAGCAACCUCUUCCUGAUGAUGUCACUCGAUGUUUGGACAGUUUAGAAAAAUUACUAGCUGAACAGCGAGGCGCUCCACCUACACACCAUGCUGUUGACUCCAUACCUCAUCCUCUAAACACCAACAUCACACUGGAACCUUAUCUCGCUGGCUUCAAAAUUCCUCAGCUCAAGACUUAUAAUGGGACAAAGGAUCCCGAUGAUCACCUGCAUGCUUUCUACUCUUGCAUUCUACCUCCGAUGUCAAUUAGCUCUUAUACAGAAAUGACAUCUGCUUUUGCCACUAAGUUUUCCAGUGGAAGGUUGAUCAAGAAAACUACUUCUAAGUUGAUGCAAGUUAAACAGAGGGAUGGAGAAUCUCUGAAGAACUAUAUGAGCAGAUUCAAUGAUGCGGUAUUGGAGGUUAGUUCCUUUGACCAAGCUGUGGGGAUUGCAGCUAACCCAACUCCCUCUAAGAAUCAAAACCCAGAAUGGAGAGAUGACAAUCCGAGCAGGAAAAGGAUGAGGAUGGCACAGAAUCGAGGUUCGAUGCCAACCUCUACACCGAGAUUCGGAAGGUCGAACUCAACACCCCCACAACAAUCUGCAGGUAAACCUCCAGUUAAUUGCACUCCUUUUAAUUUGCCGAGGUCACAGAUUUUCAUGCAGAUUAAGAACAAAAUGGAUUUAAGGCAUCCUGGCCCAAUGAGAACUGUUGCUGUUAACCGAGAUCAUACUAGAUAUUGUGAUUUUCAUCAAGAUCACGGUCAUACAACAGAGCAAUGCAAUAGCUUAAGAGAACAGAGGCCACAGCCUCAAGGAGUCCGCAAUCCACCAAACAGGCAAGGUGUGGGAUAUCAACAAGCCCCACCUCCACUCCCACCACCAAUUAGAAUCAUACACAUGAUUACGAGAGGCCUGGAAGUAGGUGGAUUGAGCUCUAAACAGCGAAAGUUGUAUGUCAGAGAGGUUAAGCAUCAAAACCGAGUUCAGAAACGGAAAUUUGACGACGUUGACUGGAAGAAUCAACCCAUUACUUUCACAUCUGCUGAUUUUGACACAAUUGUUACACCCCAUAAUGAUCCUUUGGUCACUUAUGUCAUGAUUAACAACUGUGGAGUACAACGUGUCCUUGUUGACACCGGGAGUGCACCAGACAACAUUGGCCGAACCUAUGUGACUCCUUCAGUCCGGUUUCUAGUAGUCAAGAUGGUGUCCUCUUUCAACAUUGUUAUUGGCCGACCUACGCUGACUGAAAUCCAAGCUGUGGUUUCCCAAUCUCACCUCUGCAUGAAGUUCCCAACUCCUAUAGGAAUAGCAACACUGCGAGGUAACCAAAAGGUGGCUAGACAUUGCUAUAUCACCUCGGUAACACAACCUAAGAAGGGCAAAGAUCAAACACUCGAGGCCAUCCCCCAAUGGAUUCUUGAUAAUCAACAAGUCAUGGGUGUUGAAAUAGUAGAUAACCAACCGGAAGAUGAAAUUAGAGCUGCUCCAGUUGAAGAUGUCGAAGAAGUGCUCAUUGAUGAUAGAGAUUCGAGCCGAAAGACGCAAAUUGGAACUAGAUUGAACCUGGAAGAAAGAGUAGAGCUAAUAGCUUUUCUCCAAGCUAACAAUGAUAUAUUUGCGUGGACUUCAGCAGACAUGCCUGGAAUUCCAAAUUUGGUAUCACAACAUGAGCUCAGCACCAAUCCGUCGAAGAAGCCAGUGGCUCAGAAGCGACGUCUCUUCGGGGGGGAGAGGCUUCAGGCCAUAAAUGAAGAGGUAGAGAAGCUUCUACAAGCUGGUUUUGUCAGAAAAGUUGAUUAUUGUGAAUGGGUGGCUAACCCAGUACUGGUGAAAAAAGCAAAUGGUAAAUGGCGAAUGUGCAUUGACUACACAAAUCUUAACCAAGCUUGCCCUAAGGAUUGCAAUCCAAUGCUGAGCAUUGAUAAAUUGGUUGAAGCGGCCUCAGGCAAUGAGAGAUUGAGUCUCUUGGAUGCAUAUUCUACGUAUCACCAGGUGCCGAUGGCUCCAAAAGACGAAGAGAAAACCUCGUUCUAUGUUGGCGAUGAAAUCUAUUACUAUGUCAUGAUGCCGUUUAACUUAAAGAAUGCGGGUGCCACUUAUCAGAAAAUGGUGGCCAUUGUCUUCCGAGCUCAGAUCGGUAGGAAUCUGGAGGUUUAUGUCAACGAUAUUGUGGUAAAGAGCCUGAAAGUAGAAGACCAUCUAGCUGACCUCGAUGAAACUUUCAACAAUCUCAAGAAGAACAGAAUGCGGUUAAACCCAGCCAAAUGCAUCUUCGGCAUGGAGUCUGGAAAAUUUCUAGCAUCUAGUAGCAAGGGUUCAAGAGCUGGUGGCCUCUUGAUUGGCCCAGAUGGAUACCGAAGUGAACAUGCCCUGAAAUUUAACUUCGAUGCAACAAACAACAUGGCUGAGUAUGAAGCUCUGCUACUUGGUCUACAGCUAGCAUUGGAGUUGAAAAUCAACGUGAUCCAAGUAUACAGUGACUCCCAGUUGGUGGUGAACCAAAUCAACUCAAUCUGCGAAGUCGUUGAUCCUGUGAUGGUGAAAUAUGUAGCCCUAGUGGUUGAGCUGAAGUGCAAAUUCCAGAAAUUCUGUCUGAGCAAAAUUUCCCGAAUUGAGAAUGAACAGGCAGAUUCACUCUCUAAAUUUGUCUUUCAUAGCUCUUUAAGUUCCAAAUCAGUUUUCGUGGAGGUCUUAGAUGAAUCAAGCUUCAUGAAGCCACGAAUGAUGGAGAUCAACAUAGACCUUGACACGCCGAAAGAGCUCACGAAUUUGAUAGCACCAUGGCCAUUUGCUCAGUGGGGACUGGAUCUUCUGGGCCCAUUCGUGAAAGAGGUUGGUGGUGUAACCCAUCCGAUUGUCGGUGUGGAUUAUUUCACAAAAUGGGUUGAAGCUCAGCCAUUAUCCAGUCUUACCUCCAAGAAGGUCGAAGACUUUGUUUUCAGCUCGAUCAUCUACAGAUAUGGGAUCCCGAAUCAGAUUGUGGCUGAUAAUGGAACACAAUUCAACUGCACCUCUUUCCGAGACUCUUUCCGAGAUUUUUGUUCCAGCUACAGGAUCAAAUUGCAGUUCACCUCGAUUUACCAUCCAGAGUCAAAUGGUAUGGUAGAAUCUGUCAAUAAAUGCAUUUUAGAAGGAAUAAAGCCGAGGUUGGAACAGCACAAGGCCAAGUGGGCAGACGAGCUCAAUAACGUCCUAUGGGCAUACAGAACAACGAGCAGAACUGCCAUAGGUGAAACACCCUACCACUUGGCCUUUGGUACUGAAGCAGUCAUUCCUAUUGAAAUAGGAGUUCUAAGCUUCCGGGUCACCCAUUUCGAUGAAGGACGAAAUGGACAACUACUUUGGGAAAACCUUGAUCUGCUUGCCGAAGUUAGAGAAGAAGCACGACUUCGAACUCUUGUAUACAAGCAGAGAUUAGCCAACUUUUACAAUAAACGAGUCCACCCUCGAACAUUCAAAGUAGGAGACCUUGUUCUCAAAAAGGCUGGCCUAACAGGGUUUGAAACUCGUUUUGGCAAACUGGCCCCAAAUUGGGAAGGCCUUUAUACGGUGGCCGAAGUGCCACAUCCUGGUGCCUAUAUCCUCCAAGACGCUAAAGGGAAGAGAGUUCCUAGAGUCUGGAAUUUCAAUAACUUGAAGAAAUUUUACCCAUAAUAAAAUUCUUUCAAGUGGUCUAUGUCUUACUGUUAUUUACACUUUUUACUUCGUGAUUGUUGAGAUUCAUUUUAUCUCUUAUUCUAUGUAUCCGAGGUCAAUCAGUUCAUUCAUUCCUUGAAUUUCACUCCUAUUAAUGGAUGUCAUUUCACAUAUGAAGUGCUUUAUUUCCAUUUAACUUAUUUGAAGUGAUUUACUUCUUCUUACUUUGUCUGAAGCGGUUUACUUCUCUUUAGUUCAUUUCCGAAGUGAUUAACUAUCCUUCAAAACAUAUCUCAAGUAAUCUCAGAUCUUUAAUUAAUAUAAAAUAACAAAAUCG